AUGGCUGGUUGGCUAUGGUUUUGGUUCUGGUUGUGUAUCUCGUCUGGAUUAGCAAAUGGAAAGCUUAAAGAACGAAACUUUCGAUUUGUUAUUGAAAAGUUUCAGUUUAAGUCAGCAUCUAAGCUAUUAUUUGAAGAUUUUAACUAUAAAGUGACAAAGUUUCGCAAUCGUAGCUAUUUAAAUUGUAAUUUUAUGAUUCAACGUAAUGUUGAUCAGUUAGAUAUUGACAUGCAACUUGACAUGCUUAGGCCUAACAGUCAGAUAUUGCGGCUCUAUAAAAUACGUAUGGAUGCUUGUCAAUUUCUGACAACUGUACACAAGAAUCCUUUGAUUAAUAUAUUAGCAUCAAGAUUCAUGAACGUUUCAAAUGUUAACCUUACAUGUCCUUUAAUAAACCAUUUUAACUACUCCAUUAGCGACUGUCAUCUGGUGGAAGCAGACUUUCCCAGCUAUAUACCCGAGUGCCAGUUAAAAGGCCUUACAAAAUUCUACACCAAAAAUAAGCUAUCAUUAAUAAUGGCAUUUUUGGGUAGUGUUAUCCAUAACAACACCAUAACUAUACGCUACAAAAUUGGUAUCUGGAUGAACAGGACUUUCCACGCUAUGUACCCGAAGUUCUUUUCAGACAUUCACAAUGAAUGCUCGGAUUUUGUCUGUUUUGAUGAUGACUCUGCUAUUAAGUUGUAUACUGAUCACACAGGGUGCAAAGGUUAGUGGCAAGCUUAUAAUAAAAAUGUAAAUCAAACGCGAU